ACAGUAGUGCCUCAGCUUGCAUUGUGGACUCCUUUCCAUUCUUUGCUCCAUGGGACUGGCCCCAAGACUGUGGGUUACCAGCUCCUUCUUCCAACCUUAACUGGAGUGUGCAGCUAACUCUGAUUCUCAGUAUUCUCUCUGGUGAUGCACCACAGCUCCUCCCUUCUGGGAGCUGGCUCUAUAACUUGAUUUCCCUCAAAUGUGUCCCAAUCCCUCUGCCCCUUGCUAACUACACAGGCCACCCAGGUUCUGGGGUGGGCCAUGAGUGUUGAGGAUGGGGGUAUGCCAGGCCUGGGCCGUUCUAGGCAGGCCCGUUGGACACUGAUGCUACUCCUGUCCACUGCCAUGUAUGGUGCCCAUGCUCCAUUGCUGGCACUGUGUCAUGUGGACGGCCGAGUGCCCUUCCGUCCCUCCUCAGCUGUAUUGCUCACUGAGCUGACCAAGCUACUGUUGUGCGCCUUCUCCCUCCUGGUAGGGUGGCAAGCAUGGCCCCAGGGGUCCCCACCUUGGCGCCAGGCUGCUCCUUUUGCAUUAUCAGCUCUGCUCUAUGGAGCCAACAACAACCUGGUGAUCUAUCUACAACGUUACAUGGACCCUAGCACCUACCAGGUGCUGAGCAAUCUCAAGAUUGGAAGCACAGCCCUGUUCUACUGCCUCUUCCUCCGGCACCACCUCUCUGCACGUCAGGGGUUGGCAUUACUGCUGCUGAUGGUUGCCGGGGCCUGCUAUGCAGCUGGUGGCCUUCAGGACCCUGGAAACACCCUUUCUGGGACCCAUCCAGCAGCUGCUGCCAGCCCCAUGCCCCUGCAUAUCACUCCACUGGGACUGCUGCUCCUCAUCCUAUACUGCCUCAUCUCAGGCUUGUCAUCUGUGUACACAGAGCUGCUUAUGAAGCGACAGCGGCUGCCCCUGGCAAUUCAGAACCUCUUCCUCUACACUUUUGGUGUCCUCCUGAACCUUGGUUUGCAUGCAGGCAGUGGCCCAGGCCCAGGCUUCCUAGAGGGUUUCUCAGGAUGGGCAGCACUUGUGGUACUGAGCCAGGCACUAAAUGGACUGCUUAUGUCAGCUGUCAUGAAGCAUGGCAGUAGCAUCACACGUCUUUUCGUUGUGUCCUGUUCAUUGGUGGUCAAUGCUGUGCUUUCAGCAGCCCUACUACGGCUGCAGCUCACAGCCACCUUCUUCCUGGCCACACUGCUCAUUGGUCUAGCUGUGCGCCUAUACUAUGGCAGCCAUUAGCCCCUGACCACCUCCACUCCC